CGAAACUUGAUUUUUAUUAAAUCCUUUUAUUGCUUUGUUGUAUCGAAUAUAUAAUGAAGUUUGGCAAGUUUAUUCAAGGUAUUGCUUCUGAAUGGGCUACUCCGCAUUAUAUCAACUACAAGGCACUUAAAAAGAUUAUUGGCUCUGUCGAGGACGAGGCAGCUGUCGCUCAGGAUGAUCCAACCAAUGCACAUCCCGGCUUUACUUCAUUGGCUGCAGGCAUGCCACCACAUAUGGAUGCCAGCACUAACUCUACUGAAUCCAAUCAAAGUCAUACUGAUUUGCAAGCCCAAAAGACUGCCUUUUUCUACAGGCUUGAGCGAGAAUUGGAAAAGGUUAAUACGUUCUAUAUUCAAAAAGAAGCAGAGUUUAAAGUGCGUCUACGAUCACUUCUCGACAAAAAACGUAUUCUCUCCAAUGCUCCCACUAAAGCUGCACGCUUCUCUCGCUCGUCUCUUCAUCAGGCCUUUAUGCAGUUUCAAAAUGAUUUGGCCAAGCUCCAGAAAUUUGUCGAAGUAAAUGCCACUGGAUUUAGAAAGAUUCUUAAAAAAUGGGACAAGCGAGCCAAAUCUGCCACAAAAGAACUUUAUCUUUCUCGUCAAAUUGAAAUCCAGCCAUGCUUCAAUAAUGACGUGCUUGCUGAUCUGACCGAUAUUGCAGCUACAAACAUUGUUGAGCUGGAAAAACAGAUUGAAGGCAUGGAAUUGGAUGGUCAAGAAACCGACAGCUCUUUUAUCGAGUCUCGUAUUGUCAAAGGAAACUCCACUCUUGAUGAGGCUGAUAUUGAACUGUCAAAAUAUCUUUUUGAAAAAAAUCAUGUUCAGAUUAUAGAGUUUCUACAGCGUCAGCGUCCAUCUGCUCUUACCGCAGAAGAUCCGCAGUUUUUCUCUCGUUUAUUUCUACGAUUUUGUGCUGAAAGUUCUUUCGAGUGUUUACACGUAUUGCUAAAAACAGGUCAAAUCAAUAUCAACAGUGUAGAUGACGUAAAUGAUCACAGCUGUUUACACGAAACUGCUAUUGCAGGUCGUUUGGACAUACUUAAACUUGCCAUCGAGUAUGGUGCAAUUGUUGACAUUUCAAAUGUAUAUGGUCGCAAACCCUUGCACUAUGCAGCCAUGUACGGACACGCAGACUGUGCGUCACACCUGCUUACUCUGGGAACUGCUAUUGACGCUUUAGAUCAUGACGGAAACUCUGCUCUUGUGUAUGCAAUCAUUGGCGGACACACUCGUUGUGUCGAGAUCUUUCUGGAAAAUAAUGCCAUGAUUGAUCCAUCUUCUCCUACUGCACCCAUCCCGAUUUCGCUUGCAUGCAAGUACGGUCACACAGAUAUUGCUACUCUACUUUUAAAAAAAGGUGCACAACUAUUGCAGGAUACAGAUGGUAUGGAUCCACUCCAUAUGGCUUGUCGCGAAGGUCACGCAGAGAUUACCCAGUUGCUGAUAUCUCAUGGUGCCAACAUUGAAUCGCCUGACCCAUUUAACAACUGGACACCUGUGUUUUUUGCUGCAUCUGAAGGACAUUUUAAAUGUAUCCAAGCUCUUCUUGCGGUUGGAUGUCGCAUCGAUAUCAAAGACGACAGUGGCUGGCUUCCUUGGACAUAUACCUUGUAUCGGGGCCACAUUCAAGUAGCAAGUUUAUUGGCUGUCACGGAUACAAAAGUAGCACCCGCAGCAACUGUUUCAAGUAAAGUAUCCGAUACCACCACUGCAAUAAAUUCUAUCAAACCCAUGGCUCCAAAUCUUGACAUGAAUUUAGAUGAAAUCCCUUUGCUUUCACUCCCGCCUCCCAUUAUUCCCUUCCGCAUCUACGGCCACAACUAUCUUGAACAAAAGAUGAAUUUACAGAUUCAUUUCGGCAGUUUUCAUGCCAACACCCAGAAAUCACCCAUUCGCUUGUUUGGCCUCAGUCAAUUAUCAUCGCUUAAACUUGUUAUCACAUCCAAGCCUGAUGAUGGCGUGCCAUACUCUGUGAUACUUCCGCUUAAAGAUGAGCUUGAAGUAUUUACAUUCAACAUCAACAAUGACGAAGACUUUUCAAUUCAAUUUGAUAUUUAUCCUACUUUUGGUACCAAGGUCAUUGGACGUGCUGUUGUUUUACGCUCACAAUUGACUCAAGCAGUAAAGCGUAGUUGGAAUGGCGCUGGAGAGUCCGAAGGCAUGAUCUGUCCUUUGUUUGACAACCGAUUACACGUUGUUGGUGAGAUUGCGUUUGAGUUUUCCAUUGUAAAACCAUUUGUUCAUCCUCGCCUUCGUAUUGGUGGUAAAGUGGACACAUAUUGGAAAUCCACAAAGGUUGUGUCCAAUCCAAAAUCUAGUACAGAUACAGUGCAUUCGUUUGUUACAGCAACCUCUUUAGCAGAAGAGUAUAUUCAACUGGUUGUGCAAACAACACGAGAUGGUAUCGCUGUAGUGUGUCCAGACUGGUUUCUACCAGUCAGUACCGUCAACAUUAGCUUGGCUCAGUUAACAUUUGAACAGGCUAAAUCUCAAUGGCUAGCACUGCGUGUUCAGUCAAAGCAAAAACAAGGCACACUUGCUGCAACACUUCAAGAUUCGCCUAACCUAGCCUAUCUUUCUCAAAGUCAUAAGCUUUCCUCUGCAGAUCUAGCCAAAGCAAUCUACGACUCAUUUUACAGUUUAGAGCAAGUGCUGGAUCUCUUACCUCUCUCAGUUGGUGUACAAAUUUCACUCAAAUACCCAACAGCUCACCAGUACACCAAACUCAACCUGUCGGAUUUACCAGACAUCAACACGUACACAGAUAUAAUACUGCAGACAGUGUAUAAUACAUCCAAUCUUCCUCGCUCCAUUAUAUUUUCAUCCUUCAAUCCUUCCGUGUGCACAGCCAUUAGCUGGAAACAGCCCAACUAUGGUGUAUUUUUCGGUACACAUUGUGGAUUCAGCGGUGUUGAAGAAGAGGCAGGUGAAGAUAAACGUUGCACCUCCAUCAAAGAAGCAAUCAAAUUUGCCAAAGCAAGUAAUUCUCUUGGUCUAAUCUGCCAGGCAACGCCGUUUAUCCAAAUGCCGGUUUUAAUCAACACUGUCAAGGAAAGCGGACUCAUUCUGGCAACAUUCGGCGAAGUAAAUAACCAAAUCGAAGUGAGUAAAAUUCAGGAAUCUUAUGGUGUUGAUGCAUUAAUAACUGGCAGAGUGUUUAAAUACAAUAUUUGAGUUUCAAUAAAAAAUUGUUUGAUAAUUG